UGAUAUAGUUACCUGAAAUCUCUUAGCCUCUCACCAUACAGCAAGCAACCACAUUCCCUUGCCUAAGCCUUGCUCUUUCAAAUCUGGCUACCUAGCUUCUGUUGCUUUCUACUACAAUGAUGAAGCAAUGGGCAAGAAUGUAUGACACACCACUUAUGACACACCAAUUUGUAGCUACACAUGCAGGACCACAUAGACAGGCUCUCACCAGUGGUAUCAACUUCGCAGGUAGUCUCCCCAAAGACUCUGAUUCCGAGUCCAAACAUGACAAGAUGGUGCCUUCAUCAGUCUCACCUCCUCCCAGUCCAAAUGAAGCAGUCCCUCGACUAUCUCGAGGUACCACACUAGUAGACGACGGAGGCACUAUACUGCUUGAACACCGUGAUCUUCCUUCAUGGACACCACUAGUUGUUUCGGAUAGCGAAGGCAGUAUGGACGAGCUCCAUUUAGGUGUGAAAGGCUCAAAAGCCUCGCCUUCGAAUGCCAGAAAAACGCUGUCCCAGAAACGCCAAAAAGGUCCAGACCGUGGUCCUCCGCUUGCAGAGCCUCGACAAGAAGUCCAGCACGCGUCUUCGCGAACUUCAGGUGUCUACUCCGGGCCGAGGGAUUCUCGCGGCUCCCAGAGUUUGCAGGAGACACUACAAGCAACAUUCAGCGCCAAUGGUUCAUACAAUAUCUCGCCGCCAGUCGCACCUAUUGACAGCGAGGGGAGCAUCUCCGACAUGCAAACUGUUAUUUAUAGCAAAAAGCGCCGCCGGAUCCAGAACACUCGCAGAAGUACAAGUCAGGAAGGCUCUGAGGCUAUCGCGGUAGCCGAUACCCCAAUAUCCAAUGCCACCACAGCAGUUCCGACCAUCGCUCGGCGAAAAGCUGCGCCCGCCAUUCCUUACGAGUCUAUGCAAAAUGUUAUUGAUGCUGCAUUGGACACUCGAGUAGCCAAAAUUACUUUGCGUCGUCGGGGCUAUACCGGGCGGCCAGGGUAUGACACCAACGAAGAGUCGCAGGACGGGACUUCAAGGACGAGGUCCUUUCCCUUCGAAGACGUCAUUUUUGACUUCGAUGUUCCAACCUCCGCACAUCAGGGAGAUCAUCACAGCGAAGGGCCAGCUUCAGUCGAGGAUGAACAUCGUGCCUUGCCGCGCAAAUUUACGCGAAUGCUGGACGGUGUUCAAGCUACCGUUCUUCUACAGCAACCUAGAGGGGAGAAAUUCAAUGAACGACUGGAUGCAAUGUUCGGAGACGCAGACAUACCUCGCUUGCCUGAUGGAUCAAACACUCACGCAACCGCAGAUUCGGCGUCCGUCCUCGCGCCGGCGCACGAGGUUGCGGCAAGCAAAGAACACAGCCCCAUCUCAUCCGAUUCAGGACCAUCAGUUGACACGUUGCUGUCGCAAAGCACCAAAGCCACAAGUGUUUCUGGGGACAAUGACGUCUCUAAAAAGAGAGCUCAUACGGAGAGCCGCCACCUUGAGGAUGAACCUGUUCGGAAGAAGCAUAAAAUUGAGAUUGCCGAAGACCAGGUGUCCGAAUGGAUUGCGGCGUUGCAACGACUUGUCAAAGGAAAGACGAAGAUUGGCCACAAGGGCAUGGAGGAUUUGAGCAUAGUGUUGGCUGAGAUAGAGUCUGUGUACCCGCACCUGGAUUCAGAACUUGCAUCGGUCACUUGUCUUCAUGACGUCUUGCAGCAGCUAGCGCAGUUGGAAGAUAUUCCACUCAGAGACGAGCAUGACCUUCGCCGCCGCACAGAUGACAUUAUCGCAGAGUGGCCGAGUGUCAAAGCCUAACUGACACAUCCAUGGGGAGGUUUCGAAUAGUUUUUGGUGCGUUGCGUAUAUUACCUGGGGAUAAAAUUUUAUACCCAAGUAUGAAACACAUACAAAUUUCGUUCAUCAAAUUUGUUGGU